AUGGUUCAUGUUUCGGAGGAUCAGAUCGUCCAGUUCUCCCUGGAUGAGGUCCAAUCAACGAAGCUUCGUGCGUCGCGCACUCUUCUAGGAAGGAUGUUCUCCGUUGAUCAGUUCUCAACUCUGGAACUGCGAGAUGCUCUGGUAGAUGCGUGGCAAAUCAAGGGACGGGUGAAGGUCUCCUUGGCAAGUCACGGCUUGUUCGAGAUCAUGCUGCCUAACGAGGAGGCGAAGACCUGGGCGUUGAAACGCUCCCCAUGGAUCAUUAAGGACAAGGUCCUCACCCUCCGCUCAUGGACACCUUCGAUCUCUCCGAAGACCUUUGAGGAACUCUCCACAGCUCCGUUCCGCAUCCAGAUUUGGGGCGUGAGAGAAGAAUGCUGCACCAAACUCUUUGGACGAAAGCUCGUGGCUUCGGCCAUUGGACAAGUCCUCGACUCCGAUAUUUUUGCUUGGGAGGAGGCGGGGGAACGAUUUAUCAAGGUUCGUGCGAUCUUAGACUUUGCCAAACCACUCUGUUCCCAGCUGAUGGGGGCUAGCGAUGAGAUUGGCAGGUUUUGGGUGAAUUUAAAAUACGAGUUUCUCCCAAGCUUCUGCUAUCAUUGUGGUAGAGUUGGGCAUGCUCGGCGUGAAUGUACGUUUGACCCGCCAAAUGGGAGAGAACGUUUCGGCCCUCAAAUGUCGACUAAAAAGCUGGGUCGGAGGGUUUAUGAUGAUGAGGUUGAUACCAUGACGGCCAGAGGGCCGCGGCAGACGGUGUGGGUCAAUCGCCAGGUUAAUGGCCCUGCAAAUAGUGCCCGGACGUAUGUUCGUGGCCGGGAUGAUAAUCGGCAGGUGUCUAGCAAGAAGGCCGAGACGGAUCCUCUAGUGGUCACGGGACGAUCUAUCGCAGCCAGCGAUCUAAGCAAGACCCAGGGUUUGAGGACCUCGUCGAGUACGAAGAGCAGUCCGCGGGGUUUCCCUCUUAACAAACCGCCACGGAUCCAGCUUGGAGGAGGAAAGCUCAAACGGCAAGGCAAGCGCGGGGUUGAAGGCAUCCGCAAUAGGCAUAAUGAUGCCCUUAAGAAGGCUGGGGAGAUCGAUGUUCGCUCAGACACGACGCCGUCGCCUCCUCCUCGAGUCUAA